CACGUGGGAACUCGCUUGACUUCCUUCGACAAUGUCUCUCCUCUCCCUCCCGCCAGUCCCGCCAGAGCUCAAGACCGUCACUCCAUUCCUGCAACGCGCGGAAGAACUCAAGACAAAGGACCCGGUCAUUGCCUACUGGUGUGCCUACUAUGCUGCGCAAGCCGGUAUCUCUCACAAGCUCAAGGACAAUGCCGCUCGCAUGUUUUUGCUGCACCUGCUUGAGACUCUCGAGAAGAUGAAGGCCGAUAUCGGCCAGAACGAUGUCAUUGACGACGAGUCGGUGAGCAGUGCUUACGUCGAGAACUUUGCGCUGCGCGUUUUCGCGGCUGCGGAUGGCGAGGAUCGCAAGGGGAACGCAACACGGUGCGCAGUAUUCUAG